GAAUGAACAAGUGUGAAGAGAUCUAAAAUGUGAUUGGCUUCUUAUCUAUCUAUCAUAUAUCCAUAAAGAUAUUACAUAUCUUCCCAAGAUUUCAUUAAUCCUAUUUGGCACCUAUAAUCUAAUCUCUUUUGAUAUCUUGACCCCACAAACCAAUUCAUAAAAUCACAACCCAAAACCAUACUUUUCAAACCUAAGUUAUAAUCUAAUUACCCAACAACACCCAAGAGUCAAGACCCAAGAAAAUGGCAGGAGCAACAUCAGCUACAACACUAGUAAAUGGAUUUACUUCACCAUUUUUAAGUGGUGGAAAGAAAAGCUGUGAAGCUUUGUUUAGUUUUGCUACAAUUAAUAGCAAGAUUGGGGGUUCUACAAGGAGGUUGGUGGUGGUUGCAGCAGCUGCUUCUCCUAAGAAGUCUUGGAUUCCGGCUGUUCGUGGUGGUGGUAACUUUAUUGAUCCUGAGUGGCUCGAUGGCUCACUCCCAGGGGACUAUGGAUUCGACCCACUAGGUCUUGGAAAAGACCCAGCAUUCCUAAAAUGGUACAGAGAAGCCGAGCUAAUCCACGGGCGAUGGGCCAUGCUAGCAGUAGUAGGGAUCUUCAUAGGUCAAGCCUGGAGCGGAAUCCCAUGGUUCGAAGCAGGGGCAGACCCAGGGGCCAUUGCUCCCUUCUCAUUCGGGACAUUGCUCGGCACCCAACUCAUUCUCAUGGGUUGGGUGGAGAGCAAAAGAUGGGUAGAUUUCUUUGACCAAGGGUCCCAAGCAGUAGAAUGGGCCACACCAUGGUCUAAAACAGCUGAAAACUUCGCUAAUGCAACUGGUGAACAGGGCUACCCUGGUGGCAAAUUUUUUGACCCAUUAAGCUUAGCAGGAAGUAUUAAAAAUGGGGAGUAUAUUCCUGAUACUGAAAAGCUUGAAAGGUUGAAAUUGGCUGAGAUUAAGCAUGCUAGAUUAGCUAUGUUGGCUAUGCUUAUUUUUUACUUUGAGGCUGGUCAAGGGAAAACACCCCUUGGUGCUUUGGGCUUGUAAUUUGUAGGAGUAUAUGUUAUUCCCCUUCUUAUGGGAAGGUAUUCAAUGUAAUUAUGAAAAAAAAAAAAAAACAAA